UUCGACUCUCGACUUCCGAAAUCCGAAACGAAAUAAGCAUAAAUAAGCUUGAAAGUUGAAUCAGGAGGUUUCUAAUUUUGCAAUUCUUUAUAGUAAAAUUUCUGUCCUAAAUCUAAACUCAACCAAAGUUUGUGACAUACAUUAAUAAUGUUAUACUGCUUUUGCUUAGUGCGGUCAGAAUUAUCCAGUGCUACUACUAACUCAGAAUACAUUUUGUAAAAUGGAGUGGCUGUGGAUUUUGUUUGUAAACGCAUUGUUUGUAAUAAGUAAAAGUUCACGUGUUACCGUCUACCAAGGAGAUACUUUACCCCACCAUGGACGAUGCGAACUUAUAACGAUACAAUUUUGCCAGCAUAUACAGUACAAUCAGACCAUUUUUCCAAACUUGCUGAACCACGCUAGACAAGAAGAUGCUGGUUCUGAUGUUCAUCAGUUCACACCCCUUAUAAAAGUUAACUGUUCGCCGGACUUGAAAUUCUUUUUAUGUUCUGUGUAUGCCCCAGUGUGUACAAUAUUAAACAAACCAAUUCCGCCCUGUCGCCAUUUAUGCGAAUCUGCUAGACAUAAUUGUGAUGAAUUAUUAAUAGAUUUUGGAUUCAAGUGGCCUGAGGCAUUAGAGUGCUCAAAAUUUCCAGUGGUGACAGAUGAAACCGUUAUAUGUGUUGGUGAUAAUAAUGUGACUCAUGCAUCUCGUAAAGCUUCAGAGACCAAACUUCCAAAAGUUGAUUACAAGUCCAACAGUGAUCGAGACCCAACCAAAUUGCAGGGUGCUAAAGACCUUGGAUUUGUCUGCCCAGUUCAUUUCAAGAUACCCAAGAACUUAGACUUAGAGUAUUCCCUAAAAGUUGGGGAUAAAAUUGAAUUUGAUUGUGGAGCACCAUGCAAUGGAAUGUUUUUCAGUGAAGAUGAAAAGAAUUUUUCAAGAUUAUGGAUUGUUAUUUGGGCCACUUUGUGUUCAUUUAGUUGUUUGUUUACUGUUUUGACUUUCCUCAUAGACACAGAUAGAUUUCGUUAUCCAGAGAGGCCUAUAAUUUUCCUGUCUGUGUGUUAUUUAAUGGUUGCUGCAGCUUAUAUUAUGGGGUGGGCUGCAGGAGACAGUGUCAGUUGUCAAGGGCCUUUUCCGUUAACAAUCAGUGGUACAAGACUGCCUAACAUCUCGGUUAUUACUCAAGGGACAAAACAUGAGCCAUGUACAAUACUUUUUAUGAUUGUAUAUUUCUUCAGUAUGGCAUCUAGCAUUUGGUGGGUCAUUUUAACACUCACAUGGUUUUUAGCCGCUGGUCUUAAGUGGGGGCAUGAAGCCAUAGAAGCUAAUUCACAAUACUUUCAUCUAGCAGCUUGGGCAGUGCCUGCCAUUAAAACUAUAUCAAUAUUAGCUAUGGGCAAAGUGGAUGGUGAUGUAUUGUCUGGCGUAUGCUAUGUUGGGCUUUGGGAUGCAGAGGCUCUACGUGGAUUUGUUUUAUCACCAUUAUGUGUUUAUUUAGUCUUAGGCACAAUAUUUCUACUGGCUGGUUUUGUUUCACUUUUCCGUAUCAGAACUGUUAUGAAACAUGAUGGUACCAAAACUGAUAAAUUGGAAAAGUUAAUGAUACGGAUUGGGAUAUUUGGUGUAUUGUAUACAGUCCCAGCACUAAUUGUAAUUUCGUGUUUAUUUUACGAGCAAGCACAUUUUGACAAGUGGAUGGUGACAUGGCACCGCGACAUGUGCUCAACCCCUCUGUAUUCUAUACCAUGCCCAUUCACACAUCAGGAAAUGGAGAGACCUAAAUUUGAAGUGUUCAUGAUAAAAUAUCUCAUGACAAUGAUUGUUGGCAUUACAUCAAGCUUUUGGAUUUGGUCUGGUAAAACUCUUGUUUCAUGGCAUCAAUUUUUUGAUAAAAUAAGAGGACGACGUGUUGAAGCUUAUGUUUAAAAAGUUAUAAUUUUCAUUUGUUACAUUAAACAUUUUCAUUUGUUACUAACCGAAGCCUGCGAUUUUGUCCACAUGGAUUUAGAUUUCAAAAAUCCCAUAGGAGCUCUAUGAUUUUCCAGAGUAAAAAGAGGCUUAUUUCACUCUCCAGAUCGUUAACCAUACCCAUGAAAAAAUAUCAUGGGGAUCCAUUGUGAUGUAGGUAUUGGCAUUGAUGUCAAAUAUUGUUUUGAAGCCACUAAAGCCACUCAAGGAUGUAAGAAUAUUUUUAUGACAGAUAUCCUCAGCACAAUAAAACUGCUUUGGUACAUUCAAAUUCCAGGAUAUUAUACCUAAUGUCCCAAGAUGCUAAAAUUUAACCAUAACCCUCCAUUUGACAAAGUAGGUAUUAUUAAAAACUUUGUUGUAUUAUGAAAGGUGAAAUAUUUUCAAAUAGGUUGCCUUGUCAAUUAAAAUAAAAUUAGGUUUACUAGCAUUUUAUGAAUUACAAGUAUUUUUAUAGAUUGUGCUUUUAUUGCAAUUUAUUAAUUAUAAUUUUUCUUUUACAAAUUACAUUUUAAUAUUAGAUGUAUCAACCCAUUUUACUGUAAUUUUAUUUUUAUAAGAUCUAUCUCGAGAUUAUAACUUUUAAGGCUGAUAGUGUAAAUAUAAUUAAACUUUUACUUUGUGUAUUUUUUACAAAUUAAUUACAAACCUUUUAUGUUAUCAACCUACUUUUUACUGUGUUUUUGUAUAAGAUUAUCUCGAGAUUAUUUAUAAGGCUGAUAGUGUAAAUAUAAUAUUCGUACAUUUAUUUUGUUAGAUAUUAAAGAAGUUAGGGUGUCUUAAAUGUACCUAUUAAAUCAUAAUUUUUUUACUUAUUUGAAAAUCUAUCAUUUCAAAAGUUCCUCUGAAUAGGGGUUAAAAAUUUCAAUUUACUCAAGAUUUAAAACAAAUUACCUCUAGAUGCCUCUAUUAGCCAGCUGCUCUUGUAUGUAUAAAGGAUUUCAUAUUUUUAAAAUCAUAAAUCUUAACAAUCUUUAUAAUCAAAAAGCCAAAAUUAUGGUUCCUCAAAAUAAAAAUUAAAAACUGUUAUUAAAGAAAACAAAAAGGAGAAUAAAACCAGAAAUUUAUAAAAUGCAUGACUUAUAUUUAUUAAAAAAAAAAUAACUUAUUUACUUAA